UUGACAUUUGCACUUGCAAUAGUUUGUUUGAUCUUUUCUAAACCGAAGUCCCUGUGGCAUCUUCUCACGUUUUCUCGUAACUCAUUCGAAACGUAAAGAUGUCGGGCGGUAUAGAAGCUCUGAGCCUGAGGGAAGACGAUGUGACCAAGAUGUUAGCGGCUGGAACCCACUUGGGCACCUCCAACGUGGAUUUCCAAAUGGAACAAUACGUCUACAAGGUGCGUCCCGACGGCGUCCACAUCAUCAACUUGCGCAAAACCUGGGAGAAACUCCUCCUGGCCGCUCGCGCCAUUGUCUCCAUCGAACACCCCGGCGAAGUGUUCGUCAUUUCCUCCAGACCCUACGGACAGAGGGCCGUAUUGAAGUUCGGGGCGCACACCGGAGCUACACCCAUUGCUGGAAGAUUCACUCCUGGUGCUUUCACUAACCAGAUCCAAGCGGCCUUCAGGGAGCCUCGUCUACUGAUCGUUACCGAUCCAGCUUUCGAUCACCAACCUAUUACUGAAGCUUCCUACGUAAACAUCCCCGUUAUUGCUUUGUGCAAUACUGAUUCACCUCUUAGAUUCGUCGACAUUGCUAUUCCCGGUAACAACAAAUCCCCCCACAGCAUUGGAUUAUUGUGGUGGUUGCUCGCCCGAGAAGUGUUGCGUCUACGAGGUAGCAUUCCCCGCGAAACCAAAUGGGACGUAGUGGUGGAUUUGUUCUUCUACCGUGAGCCUGAAGAAGCCGAGAAGGAUGAGCAAGCGGCCAAGGAAGCCGUGGCCGUUGCCAAACCGGCCGAGAUCACUCCGGCUCUGGUGGAGCCCGAUCAGGAAUGGAACGCCAUCGAAACUAGCGAAUGGGCUGCCGAUGUUCCUGCAGUGGCUCCUGUAGCUGCGCCGGCUUUCAACGUCGCAGGCGCCCCCGCUACCGACGAUUGGGCAGCGGAAGUUGCCCAGGAACAGUGGUCGGCGCAGCCCCCGGCGGCCGCGGUGCCGGCCCCUAACUGGGUCAGUUCCAACGACUGGCAUUAAAUGGUUUGUUUGUACUGGAUUUGUAUGAAUAAAAUGAAUCGUUUAU